UUUUGUUAUCAUCGCUUUUAAUGAUAUUCUUUUUUUCCUUUACGGAUAUCCGGAAGAUGCAUUGAUGUCGCUGUCAAAAACUGAGGGAGGUUGUUUGGCUUACAGGACGCGUUUUAGUAACAAAGUUGAGAAGUAGCUCGCUCGAUAGUUCCGUUCAAGUUUUCCCUGGGCUGCAGAGAGAAUUCCCAGUUUACUAUACAGCUAACUAAGCUAGCCAUCAUGGCGAGGCGGCCAGUGGAGGGAUCUGUGAUUUUAACCUGUAUUACUUCCUCUGUGCGGCAUGAGAGCUCUCAACUUCAUUGGAAUAAAGAUAAAAUUAUUACUUGGAGUCUCGUAACGAUCUGCACGCUGAUGUGCUGUGGAUUUUGUGGUGCAGACACCGAGUUUUCCAUCUUGGAAGAAGCGCAAGUUUUAGCAGUUCAGAUGAAAAAGCUGUCCUCGCAGGAGCUGGGAGUUUUCACUAUGCAGAGAAUUUUCAACUCCUUUGUGUACACCGAGAAGACUUCAAAUGGAGAGACGGAGGUGCAGCAGCUGGCAAAAAAGAUCCGUGAGAAGUUCAACCGCUAUCUGGACGUGGUGAACAGAAACAAGCAGGUGGUGGAGGCAUCCUACACAGCCCAUCUGACCUCGCCCCUGACUGCCAUCCAGGACUGCUGUACCAUUCCGCCCUCCAUGAUGGAAUUCGAUGGCAAUUUCAACACAAAUGUCUCCAAAACUAUCUGCUGUGACCGCCUGUCCCCCACCGUCAACAGCAGAGCUUUCAACCCUGGCCGGGACCUCAAUUCAGUGCUCGCGGACAAUCUCAAGUCCAACCCCGGGAUCAAGUGGCAGUAUUUCAGCUCAGAAGAGGGGAUAUUCACCGUGUUCCCGGCUCACAAGUUCCACUGCAAGGGGACCUACGAGCACCGCAGCAGACCCGUGUACGUAUCUGCGGUGAGACCUCAGUCCAAGCACAUCGUGGUGAUCAUCGACCACGGGGCCUCAGUGACUGACACCCAGCUCCAGAUUGCCCGGGACGCGGCCCUGGUCAUCCUCAACGCCAUCGACGAGCACGAUAAGAUCUCGGUGCUCACUGUGGCAGACACCGUGCGCUCCUGCUCCCUGGACCAAUGCUACAAGACCUUCCUGUCCCCGGCCACCAGCGAGACCAAGAGGAAGAUGGGCUCCUUCAUCAGUAAUGUCAAGGCCUCCGACAGCCCUACCCAGCACGCUUUGGGCUUCCAGAAGGCCUUUCAGCUCCUCAGGAACACCAGCAAUGUAACGAGACAGCAGACCAACACUGACAUGGUGAUCAUCUACCUUUCCUCGGGCAUCACCUCCCAGGACUCCUCCGAUAGCGAGAAGAGGGCCACGCUCAGUGUAGUUAAGGAAGAGAACCGGCACCUCAACAACUCUGUCAUGAUCCUCACCUACGCACUUAUGAACGAGGGGGUGACCGGGCUGAAGGAGCUGGCGUUCCUCAGAGACCUGGCAGAGCAGAACUCGGUGAAGUACGGCGUGCCGGACCGCUCCGCCCUGCCUGUCGUCAAGGGCAGCAUGAUGGUGCUGAACCAGCUCAGCAACCUGGAGACCAGCGUGGGCCGGUUCUACAUCAACCUGCCCAACCGCAUGAUCGACACGGCCGGCUUCAGCCUGCCCUACACAGACCCCAUGGGUGACGGGUUCAUCAUGACGGUCAGCCGCCCCUGCUACUUCGGCAACCUGCUGCUCGGAGUCGUGGGCGUCGACGUGAACUUGGCCUACAUCCUGGAGGACGUCACCUACUACCAGGACUCCCUGGCCUCGUACACCUUCCUCAUAGACAACAAAGGCUACACCCUCAUGCACCCGUCGCUCACGCGGCCGUACCUGAUGACCGAACCGCCCCUGCACACCGACAUCAUCCACUACGAGAACAUCCCGGGGUUCCAGCAGGUGCGGCAGAAUAUCCUCAGCCUUCCCCUGGGCAGCCAGGUCAUCGCUGUCCCUGUGAACUCCUCCCUCUCCUGGCACAUGAACCGGCUGAGAGACCCCAGUCAGGAGGCCUACAACGUCAGCUACGCCUGGAAACUGGUGCAGGACACCUCUUUCAUCCUGUGCAUCGUGUACGUUCAGCCCGAGAUCCCCGUCAAGCACCUGAAGAACCUAAACACCGUCCCCAGCAGCAAGCUCCUGUACCACCGGCUGGACCUCCUGGGCCAGCCCAGCUCCUGUCUGCACUUCAAGCAGCUCGCCACCGUCGAAAGCCCCACUGUGAUGCUGUCUGCUGGGAGUUUCUCCUCUCCCUACGAGCACCUGAGCCAGCCGGAGACCAAGCGCAUGGUGGAGCACUACACCGCCUACCUGAGUGACAACACUCGCCUCAUCGCCAACCCCGGGCUGAAGUCGUCUGUCAGAAAUGAAGUAAUGGCUACCAGUCACGUAACCGAUGAAUGGAUGACACAAAUGGAAAUGAGUAGCCUGAACAGUUACAUUGUGCGUCGUUACAUAGCAACGCCCAAUGGGGUGCUGCGGAUUUACCCAGGCUCUCUCAUGGAUAAAGCUUUCGACCCCACCAGGAGACAAUGGUAUCUGCACGCUGUGGCCAAUCCCGGCCUCAUCACCUUCACCGGCCCGUACCUGGAUGUGGGCGGGGCCGGCUACGUGGUCACCAUCAGCCACACCAUACACGCCUCCAGCUCUCAGAUGGCCCCUGGCUAUGCGGUGGCAGUGAUGGGUAUCGACUUCACCCUGCGUUACUUUUACAAAGUGCUGCUGGACCUGCUACCCAUCUGUAACCAGGACAAAGGCAACAAAAUUCGAUGUUUCAUCAUGGAGGACCGAGGCUACCUGGUGGCACAUCCCACACUAAUUGACCCGAAAGGACACGCCCCAGCCGAGCAGCAACACAUCACACACAAGGAGCCACUGGUUGCUAACGACAUCCUCAACCACCCCAACUUUGUGAAGAAGAACCUGUGCAACAGCUUCAGCGACCGCACGGUGCAGCGGUUCUACAAGUUCAACACCAGCAUUGUGGGCGAUCUGACAAACCUGGUGCACGGCAGCCACUGCUCCAAGUACCGCUUGACCCGGAUCCCUGGCACCAACGCCUUCGCUGGCAUCGUGAACGAGACCUGCGACUCGCUGGCAUUCUGCGCCUGCAGCACAGUGGACCGGUUAUGUCUCAACUGCCACAGGAUGGAGCAGAAUGAAUGUGAGUGUCCAUGUGAGUGCCCCCUGGAGGUGAAUGAGUGUACCGGCAACCUCACCAACGCAGAGAACAGGAACCCCAGUUGCGAGGUGCACCAGGAGCCCCUCUCUCUGACGGUCAUCGACUCCAGCCUGCAAGACACCCUGCCCCAGUGCAUCAACACCCGCUGCAGCCAGCGCUUCACCAGCAGUGACUGCUUUGGGGUGCUGGACUGCGAGUGGUGCAUGGUGGACAGCGAUGGGAAGACCCACCUGGACAAGCCGUACUGUGCCCUUCAGAAGGAGUGUUUCGGGGGCAUCGUGGGAGCCAAGAGCCCCUACAUGGAUGCAAUGGGUCACCUGGACGACGAGGUGACUUCCCUGAACAUGAUCAAGAGCGCGCCCGUGGGGCCCGUGGCCGGGGGAAUCAUGGGAUGCAUCAUGGUCCUGGUGCUGGCCGUGUACGCCUACCGGCACCAGAUCCACCGCCGCAGCCACCAGCACAUGUCCCCACUGGCGGCGCAAGAGAUGUCCGUCAGGAUGUCCAACCUGGACAACGAGCGGGACGAGAGAGACGAGGACAGCCAUGAGGACAGGGGCAUAAUCAGCAACACGCGCUUCAUUGCUGCGGUGAUCGAGAGACACACGCACAGCCCUGAGCGUAGGCGGAGAUACUGGGGGAGGUCGGGCACCGAGAGUGACCAUGGUUACAGCACCAUGAGCCCCCAGGAGGACAGCGAGAACCCGCCCUGCAACAACGACCCCCUGUCGGCGGGCGUGGACGUCGGCAACCACGACGAGGACCUGGACCUGGACACGCCCCCUCAGACGGCCGCGCUGCUCAGCCACAAGUUCCACCCGUACCGGCACCCCCACCACCACCCGCUGCACCACACGCACCACCUGCAGGCCGCCGUCACCGUGCACAGCGUGGACGCCGAGUGCUGAUCGGCACAGCCUCGCCCCCCCUGCCCCCCACCCCCCUCGGACAGCGGCUUUUGCAAGCCCCGCUUGGACCCGGUUCCGCUCCCCCAGACCAGAACGUUUGAUCCCACUGAACCUGUUGGAGGUGAGAGGAGGAUAGACUCUGAGGAAGAACAAAGUGGGGCCCCUGCUAUUACACCCCCGCCUGAGGCUUCCUCUGAAGGACUCAUGUGACCUUUACACAGCGCUAGUGGAGGCGCGGGCCGCGGAACAGGGAAGAGUCCAAGCCGAGCCGGCACGCAUUGGGGGACUUUUUCAGAAGUGUAAACAAUGCAUCUCAAAUUUUUUUUUAAUGAAAGGAUUAUUUUUCUACUAUUUAUUUGACUGGAACUGACAUGAACAAAUGCAGUAGAUGAAUCAGAACUGACACUUCAAAUGGGGUGAAUGUCCUGUUGACUCCAGCGUCCUGUCUGGGUUCUGCUCCAAAGUGCCCUUUAACUUUCGACGCCAGCAAGUGGAGACAUGGAUGUUCAGCACCUUUUGUUUUCUGUUGGGAAAGACUCAUUUUAAAUUGUUUUACGUAACGUACGAGAACUGACGUACGGUAAUUUAAGAUGAUCCAAGCUAAACUGUAAAGCUAAAAGCUCUCAGCGGUAACUCCGAGACUGCAUCAAAGCAUUCGUUUAAAAGUGUGUUUAUGCAAAGAGGUGAAAUUCUUAAAGCUAGAGAGAGUAUCUAUCUCUAUGCCUGCCCACAUGUCCAGGUGCCAGAACAGGGCAGGGUCAGUCAUUUAUGACGUACGAAUGUGGAAGUGAUGCUCCAGGAUCCUCAAAGCGUGGUGCUGGAUCUGAAGUACCCAUGUGUGCAGAGCAACUGUGACCAUGUCACCUUAAGAUCCAGUCGGUGCAGAGUGAAGCUCGAAUGACUCAUUUUGACUCAUUUGUCAAUCAGGAACAACUCCUUUCUCCUGUCAAUGGCUGUGUAUCUCUGUGGAAUGCAUCAGUGUUGGCCAGGUUGAGUUUGUCUGUAAGCUGUCAUAACCUCUCUGUCCAUUCUGAUUUUACUGCCUACUGCGUACGCCUCUGAAUGAAUCCCAGCUGUGUGAGUUGGGUCAGAUAUAACUUAAAGGGACACAGAGACUCAGGCCAUCUCCACUGAAGGCAUGAUUUUACGGUUUUGUCUGGAAAAAAGUGUGAUUAGUGAUAUCAAAUGCUUUUGUGUUUAAGCAUCGAUCCAAUGCACUGUUGCAAGAAAGGAGCUGUCACAACAGUUCUGCCCCCAGUUGAACUUUUAAUGUUUUGAUUGGUUACUUCAGCAAAAUUGGAGAAAAUAAUUGUAUUCAUUUAGUUUAGAAGUGGACUAAUCUUUUGUUCUCCAUGCUGUCUGAUCCCAACAAUAUAAUGUCUUUAAAUGUUAAAAAAAUAACAAAUAGCUAUACCUGUGUUUCACACUCCAGUACAAAAUCCUUGGUUUUUUCUGUGUAAAGUGUAUAGGUUGUGUGUUCUUGAUAAUCUUCAGUUUACUCUGGGUUGUUUUGAACUUAAAAUAUAUGUACUGUUCAUGGUAUUGGACAAGACUAGGUUCCUGAUACUUUAUGUCCAUAUUGGAAUUUAAGAUUGACUGACAUUGGUGAUAUAUCAUUCCCCCAUAUCCCACAAAGUUGUAGAUAAAAUGUAUUUUUUAAAAAACUGAUGUUUGACAAUGUUGCGAAAAUUGUGUCCUCCAAUAUUACGGUACAACUGCCUCUCACCCCAGAUACCCGUUUUAUCCAGACUCCUGGAAUUCCCAUCAUAAUAAACCAGAUUUAGAAAAGUCAUCUAAUAGAAUAUCCCAUAAUCUUUGCAAAUGAAAUAUUUCAUAGAUAAGAAAUGAAACCGU